AUGUAUCGACCUUUUACGUCCUUCCUCAACGAUUGGCUCCCCGGGCCGCAGCCUCACGCAUCCGCCACUUCCAAACUCGAAUAUUUCCCCAACGAGCUUCUCGACAUCAUAUUCCCGCUCGCAUGCACUGAUGGUGGUCGUACAGGAUGUAACCUCGCCCUCGUAUCCAAGUCCAUCCGCGCCACCUCCCGCGCCUCCCGCUUUCACUCCGUCUCACUCCUCUGCGGCCUCCCCGACCGUCUCGAGCACUUCCUGCGCACUCUUGACGCCGCGAAGGCUGAGGCGCGUGCCGAGGGUGCACCGAUUCCUUGCGUACGCCAUCUCUGCAUCUCUCUCACGUACGCCUGGAGUCCUUUGAGCGUGAACACCAACGCCUUGAACGCUGCCGCGCUAGAACGCUGGAUGGGGCUGUACACCGAACUAUCGCCCGAGGCACUUUACGCACAAAGCGAGAAGGAAAGCGAAGAAUAUCACGCCGCUUUCCUGCCGCUGUUCAACGCAGUCCGCACCGACCUCGAGUCACUCUGUCUCCUCCGAGAAUCCUACACGGACUAUCCUAAACCGCUGAUCGCAUGCCCCGGCGGUUUCCCGCGCCUCCGGGAGUUUACGUUCAAUGAGGGUCUUCCACCAUUCCUGCCACUCGACGAUGCCACGCCUAUGUACCCAGCUCUGGAGCGGCUGCACAUGUCGAUUCGCGGCGGCGACCCUCCGGCGGACUUCCAGUGGUGGGCGGCGAAUGCCCCGCGUCUCGUCUGGCUCCGUAUCAAUGCCGUACACCUCUUCCCGCUCAACCCCUUCCCCGUCGUAUCGGAUCUAGCACGCGUCAUAGGCCCCAGCGCAGACGACCACUCUUGGGAACGUCCAAACGUACGCCCGUCUUCUUUCUCCCAGCUCCAGACGCUCAUGCUCAUGGCCCACCCCGCCUUCCUGCCCCCCGAGCCCACUCCACAAGUUGCAGCCGCUUAUGCCGCGACCGCCCCGGCUCUCGACGCUGAGCUGCGCACACUAAGCGUCCCGUGCACCGUCUACCAAUUGCACUACGACCGGCAGUCGGACACAGUCGACCGGAGCGCAUUCCUACCUGAGAGGUUGACGCUGGUGGAGGGCAUGCACUCUUCGAUGCGGAUUUUUGGACGGGGACACAGACAAAGACGCGGGCGCCGGGAGUGUUUGGAAGGUUGUGGAAAGUUGUGUGGGGUCCAGAUCAGGACGUCUACUAACACAGUGCUGUAA